AUGAGCUCAAUCCAGCUGGCCCCCCAGGAGCUGUCCCGCUGGCGGGACCAGGAGGAAAGAAGGGGUCUGGAAAUCAUUGAGCAACAACAAAAGGAGCCACAAAGACUUCCAAUCUCCAAGAUGACCCACAAGGGUGAAGUGGAGAUCCUGCGGGAUACGGACCAGAUGCUGACCCUGGAGGACCUGGUGGAACCCAUGGUGUCCAGGGACUGUAGCCCAUGGACCCUGCCCAGUCUGCCAGAGGACACCACAGCACAGCACCAGCACCACUUCCUGGACCCCAACUGCCUCAUCUGCAAGGACUGGCAGCCCUCCGGUGAGCUGCCACGCGUCUACGGAGCCACCAUGCACAGGGAAGACAGUGUCAUCCAGAGAACCUCUAGUCUGCCUCCUGUUUCCACUCCAGAGAUGCCCAAAGCCAAGAAUACACCUCCCAAGGAACCCCAAGACAGGAUCUCUCCUUCUAGGCUCCAGAUGCCUGCUGCACCUACAAACGUUCUACCUAGCCCUCCUCCACCCUGGGAGGGCUCAAUUGAAAUGUUCUCCAUCAAGCGGUUCCGAGCAAAGGCCCAGCUGAUCUCUGGACACAGCUGCUGGCUUGUCCAGGCUUUGCCAGAGGUCAUCCGCUCAGCAGGCUGCCUCCCUCCCAACACUGUCUGGGACCUUCUGGCCAGCUUGAGCCCAGCGGGGAUCAAGGUCUGGAAGCCAGUCACUCAAGCCUGUUGCUGGCUGUGCUGCUCCCCAAGGAAGGGCUUCCAGACACAGCCAUGUCCAACCCCCUGUGGGGCAAGGUUCGAAAGACAGUCUCCUUCAACAGUAAAGUGGAGAUGA